AGGCUUUAAAUUGAUGCAAAACUUAUAGAAAAUAAUUGAUUUGUUAUACAAUUUAUUGUUUAGUUUCUUAUGUAAUCGUUUUCAAUACACUUCUCAGAAAAGGUAUUUCUUUGACACUCUCUUGUGUGGACACAAACAGUGCGUUCAAUGCAUACAAAUAGACAUUAUUUGUGAUAUAAGCGACACUUGAAUGAAAAAACACGUGAUUAUAAGCAUUGAAUAACACAAUCGAUGAAAACGUGAAAACAUUUAAAUUAAUAGCGAAUUAAUUGUCGGAUUAAAAGCCAAACCGAAGCCAAACAAUGAAUAUCCGUUGCGCUAAACCGUCGGAUCUGAUGAAUAUGCAACACUGCAACCUCUUAUGUCUGCCGGAGAACUAUCAGAUGAAGUACUACUUCUAUCACGGCUUGUCGUGGCCUCAGCUGUCAUACGUGGCGGAGGACGAGAGCGGAGCCAUUGUUGGCUAUGUAUUGGCCAAAAUGGAAGAGGACUCGGACGACGACCCUCACGGACACAUCACUUCGCUGGCCGUCAAGCGGUCGCACCGACGGCUCGGUUUGGCGCAGAAACUGAUGGAUCAGUCGUCGCGAGCGAUGAUCGAGUGUUUUAACGCCAAAUACGUGUCACUACAUGUCCGCAAAUCCAAUCGCGCGGCACUUCAUCUCUACGCCAAUACACUUCGCUUUCAGAUCAACGAAAUUGAGCCCAAAUAUUACGCCGACGGAGAGGACGCCUACGCUAUGAAACGCGAUUUAGUGGACUUCGCAAAGAUUAAUGGACUCAAACCCGCCGACGCCAACACUUUCUGGGAUUCCCAUAAGUCUUCGUCCAGUAAAACAAAUAAAGACAAAGAAGAGUAGUCUUUAGUCUUUCCCGAAGACAUAGUUUUCGCCACUUAUUUUGUAAAUGACAUUAAGUUUUAUUUAAUUUGUUUCCCAAACAAUAAAUCAUUGAUUUAUUAAAUUUAAAA